UUUUCCGGUCGCACCUGAUUGGCUGAGAUGAACAACGAAGGAUUAGGUGAUGGUCGUAUUUGAACAUUGGCGGCUACAAUCACCGAUGACAAAGUGAAGACCAGAUCAGAAGAAUGUCUUUCCCAAAAGCCAACCUCAAAAGGUUCAACGAGGUGUCGGGAUGCGCCCCUCCUGUUGGUAGUUAUGACCCAAAAUUAGCACCAAAACAAGCAGGAGGAAUCAUUGAUAAAUCAGAAAGAUUCAGACCCCCAAAAGAUGGAGGAUCAGACAUGUUGGAUACUCCCUCCAAGAAAAGAAUCCCAAGUGAUUCUAUGUGCAUCAACACCUCUGUUAUUGAUACUAGCAUCCUGAAAACUAAAGCAAAGAAACCAGACCAGACUCCAUCAGCUGAAUUGGCAAAGAUCAAAGAGCUUGAAAGAGAGAUUCGUGUACUGUUACAAGAGAGAACCAACCAAGACAAGCAGUUAUAUCAGCGAGAAGAAGAAAUAACAAAAUUGGAGGGUCGUCUCAACAAUGCCCAGACUGACCGCAGUUCUCUAAUAGCUAAAGUGGCCAGCCUAGAGAAAACCAUCAAGGAUGUCAGUAAAGGCAACGACCUUCUCAAAACAAAGAUUGCUGCAGCGGAAAAUUCGGGGAAGAAAAAUGAGGCGUUGCAGUCUGAUCUGUCUAACCUCAAACAUCAAAUCGAGGUCAAAGACAAAGAAAUUCACCGCCUCCGUCAGGAAUUAGAUGCCCUGAUGAAAACCCAACUCUCAGAGUUUGCUAUGUUCGAAUCUAUCAUAGUUACUUUGGAAAAGAAGGCUGCAGAUUUUGAGUAUAAUGGUUCUCAGAAGCGUGAAGCUUCAAAAACAGAGUCCAAGCCCAAUAAAACGGAAGGAGGAACCAUGUCAAAUGAGAAAUCUGGAACAUCAAAGAAAAAUGCAGAGAAACUAAGGAAGAGGUUUGAGGAGGCGGUACAGAGCUAUGGUGGUAAAGUAGAGGAGCUGAGGCAGGCAAUGGAGGAAAAGUGUAGCCAUGCCCAACAGCAGUUGGUGGAUCUGGAGUCAGCACUGAAGAAAGCUGAGGAGGAGGUGCUCAGAGUGUCCAAGGAAAUGCAGGCCGAGAGAGAAAAGGGUAAAGACCAGAAGAGACAGUUGUAUAACAAGAUCAGAGGUUUGACUGACAAGAACUGGACCAAGGAGGAUGAAAUCAGGUAUCUGAAGGGUGAGGUGGUGGCAGUGUCGGGGGUAGCUGGGGAGAUGGACCAGGAGGCGUUUGAGUUGGAGGCUGAGGUAGCAGUACUGACAGAGAAAAUGGAGCAGUUGGAGGAAGAGAAAAAUACUUUAAAUGAGAAUAUAAGGAUUCUUAUGGAUAAAUUCCAGAUCCUUGAAAGAAACCAUGGGCAGGAAAAGAAAUCAAGUAAAGAAGUGAUUGAGAGUCUAAGUAUGCAGCUGGAGAUAUCACAGUCAAGUCUUGGCAAUAUUCAAAAGGAAUAUUCUUGUCUGGAAGGAAAGAACAAUGAACUGAUUCGAAAAAUGCACGAACAAAUGGAAGAAGUGGAAAAGCUCAGACGCCAGAUACAAGAUAAUGAUCAGGAGUGUGCAGGCAUGACUGAGUUGAUAAAGGAAAAGGAGGACCGAAUUACGGAUCUGGAUGUUCAACUGGUGGGCGCUCGAAUAGAGACACAGCACCUGAAGGAGGAAGCUGAGAAACAGGAAGAGGAAGUCAAGAAAUUAAAGAAAGAAAUUAAGGAAGUAGAGGAAUCUUUGAGGAAGCAGUUGAAAGAGGAGGAAGAAACCCAUCAGAAGACUGCAAGAGGGCAUGCUGACCAAAUUAUUGACUUGGAGAAGAGGGAAAUCAGUUUGAUGGAGGAAAAUGAGGCCCUGAAAAAGGAAGUUGAGGGGGCAGCAUUCAGAUGUUCAGAGAUGAAAUGCAUGGUGGAGAAACUGGAAGCAGAUCUAAUGAGUGUGCGUAAAGAAUCUGAGCAGGAAGUUGAGCACUUGUGUGAAGCCAAAGACAAUGAUCUUAGGAUUCUGCAAGAAAAUAUACAGCAAGCAAAAGCUGAGAAUGACAAUCUUCAGAAAAUUAUUUCAGAGAAGGAUGACCAACUCUUACAGCAUCAAGCCACUGUCUCUAACCUUGAGGAGAAAGAAGCAAUUCUGAGGGCGGAUGUGGAAUGUCUGGAGAGAGAAUAUGCAGACUUUAAACUGAAUCAGGAAUGCUCCGUGGAGUCUAUCAUGCAGAAGGAAGGAGAAAUGAGGGAAGAAAAUAGUCAACUGAGAAAAGAUUUAGAAUCUACAAUCAAAGAGAAGCACGAACUGUUCUGUAAAGUGGCUGAACUACAAGUAAGCAUCACUGAGAGUCAUUCCUCUCUUGCUGAAAAGGAAAAACUCAUAGAAACUCUUUCAGUGGAAAAUGGCAACAUAGAGGAGAAAUUAAAGACUAUUUCUACAGAAAAAGACCAGCUUGAUUUGGCUGUUGCUGAGCUGAACAUCAAACUUAAGGAAACAACAGAGGAGAUCUUAAAUGAAAAGGAAUUGUUAUUGGAAACAGAAACUGCAUUUAAAGCUGACAUUGAAAAAUUGCAGCAAGAAGUGGAAGAAAACAAGAAUGCGUGUAUACAGAAAGAGAAGAGUAUUACAAGCCUAAUGGUGGAGAAUAGCCAGCUUAUGAAAGAGAUUGAUUACCUGAGUUCUGUAAGGGAGCAAGAUCAGGACCAAAUGUCCACUGAAUUAAACAGCUUUGAGGAACGAGUGAAACAACUGAUUGAAGAGAAAGCCGGUCUGUACCAGAAAGCAGCAGAUAUUUCAACCCAGAAAGAAAAACUGGAGGUGGAGAUUCUGAAACUAAAAAAUGAGAAAGAACAAGCUGUGGAUGAUCUAGAGAGAGAGAAGGUAGCAAUAGGGGAGAAAGAGAAGUCUAUUUCUGCUCAUCUCAAUCAGCUGGAGGAGCAGAGGCAGUCCUAUGAACAAGUGAUUACAUCACUGAGUCAACAGGUCAAGGUGCUGAAGGAGACCAAUGAUAGGCUAGAGGAAGACCGUCAACAGCUGUCCAGUAUGUCCCAUUCUACACAGGCUGAGCUGGAGGGUCACAUUCAGGCACUGGAAUCAAAGCUCUUAUCUGUUUCAGAGGAAAAUUCAUGUUUGACAGAUCAAAUGGGUCAGGCUGAGCAAAUUAAGUGUAAACUUAAAGCCGAAGUGGAGGAUCUGAGGGCAAAGAUGGUGAAUUUAACCCAGUCACAUGAUGGUGAGAUUCUAAAACUGACAAACAGCAUUCAGGAACUCCAGAAAUCCCUUCACAUUUCCACCAACUCCAACCAGAAGGAGCUCCACCAGCUUCAGGCUGAGCUGUCCAAUGUUGUGAAGAAGAAAAUGGAGGACAACCUCUUGUUUACGGAGAAGAUCAGUAAGGCUAAGUCAGAGCUGCAGAGUGAGAGACAGAUCCGACAGACUCUGGAGGAGGACUUCAACAACCUGAAGGGGAAGUGUUCAGACCUGGAGACGACCAGACUCACCCUCACAAAGACCAUAGACAGACUGGAAGAGGAAAGAGAUUAUUUAAAAUCAGAGAAUCAAAAUAACAGUGAAAUGGUGUCUCAAAGAGAGAUUGAAAAGGAAAGCUUGAUGAGUGAAAUCCAGAAACUUCAGAGUGCUCAUAGAGAUUUGGAAGUCAAAAGCUUAGAAGAAACAGAAAAACAUGCUCAAGAAAUGGAGGUUCUAAAAGAGUCUUUACAAUCUCAGGCAAACACCGAAGAACUGGAGCGGAUGAGUGCUGAAGCUGAGAAAUGGCAGAAACUGUUUGAGGAUCUCCAGGCAAAGGUGGAACCUUUUAUGGAACAACUGGAUGCUUUUGAAUUGGAGAAACAAGCUCUUCUGGGGCGGAGUAACCAUGCCCAGGCAGAGAUGGAUAGGUUAGCCAACCAGUAUGCCAAACUUCUUGGACAUCAAAACCAGAAACAGAAGAUCCACCAUGUCGCUAAAAUCAAGGAAGAAAAUAUCAACCUCAAGAAGGAAGUGACCAUUUUAAGAGAGCAGAUCACCAAACAAAAGAGAACCAUCCAAAAACUUGAAGACAAGGUUGGAACCAAUGAUGGCAAGACAAAGUUUGACCCCAGCAUAGCCUUUAAACACAGCAAAGAGAAUCUAGUCCCUGCCGCAUCGCCCCUGAAGGAUGGUAAUCGAAAUAGAAUACUGGCAGAUGCUCAGACAAAGAGGAAGUAAACAACAACUGGUACAUUCAUGAAGAGGAAGUACCUGGUACACAGUUUGUACUCAUGAAGAGGAAGUGAACACCAGUUGGUACUCAUGAAGAGGAAGUGAACACCAGUUUGUACUCAUGAAGAGGAAGUGAACACCAGUUGGUACUCAUGAAGAGGAAGUGAACAACAGUUGGUACACUCACAAAGAGGAAGUAAACAACGGCUGGUACACUCAUAAACGGCAGCUUUCCACUCAGGAUUUUAUUAACUAAACUUGAUGUUUUAUUUCAGCAUGGCUUUGCAAUUUUAUAUCUCCUGAAAUUUUUAAUGAAGUCUCUGCUUAUUAGUUGAGCAUUGUUAGCUACUAGUGAAUUGUCAUUAGAUUAGUAUGGUUAGAUUUGAACACAUAUCAAUUAUGUAUUCAAUAAAAGUUAUAUUAUUCUUGUA